AUGCCACAAGGAGGAGCAUCUCGCCGUCCAACUCUAACUGUUCCAACAAAGGCCAAACAUGUUAAACCAAAUCAAAAACAGCCAAAGAAGUACAAGAAGCAUCGUGAUCCAGUAAAAGCCUUCCUUAUUAAAAAGGCCGAAGCAUGCGCUAUGGAACGCGCUUUGAAAGACCCAAUGAAAGGAAACAUUCGUACUUUCAAGCCAACAGAAGAGAAAGCCAAGCUUGCUCAGGUUCGUACAAAGGAAGGCAUCAAGAAAGCUGCCGAAAAGAGAAAUAAUCAAUGA